CCGCACACAAUGCUGAGCCGGCGGCUGGCGCGAGCCGGGCGGCGGCGCCCCUUCGGCAUCCGCGGAGGGGGCCGGCCCGCUCCCGCUCGCGCUCUCGGGCGCGGGGCUGAGGCAGGUAGCGCCGGGCCGGGCCCGCUGCGCACGUGGCGCCCUCCCGCCGGGGAAGCGGGAGCGGCACACGGGGCGCCGGGCACAAGCGCGCCCCGCGUUUAGUUGCAGCCGCGGCGGCUCGCGCGGCCACGACCAGGGAUUGCCCUCCCUUCGGCUCUGAAGGUUGCCGCUGCCCCGGGCCCGGGCCCGGCCGCGCCGCGCUGCUCGGCGGACAAAGAUAGCUCAGCUAUAGGAUAAUCAAAAUCUUUAAGGCCAGCUUCAAGGAGUGAACACAAAAUGAAUAAUAGAGCUCAGUUCCCAAGAUGCAGAGGGCCACCAGUGUGAACCUGGAAGACUUGAAAAUGUCUGCCUGCAGCAACUUUGUGGAACACAUUUGGAAGCCUGGCUCCUGCAAAAACUGCUUUUGUCCUAAAGCUUCCCACAGACUGCAGACAUCUCUGGAACUGGGAGCCAGCAACGUGCCCUUGCACAGCCGGAAUGGAGUUAGAGCCAAGCCUGAGAAAAUACCUUCGGAAGAUACAUAUGUAACUGCCUCGCCCUACACAAAGCCGACAAUCGCUGUGAAGCCAACGAUGAUAAACUCAGAUGUCUCUGACGUAUGGGCGGAUGUGAAUAUGAAUGCAGAUAUUUCACAGGUCAGCUGGCAAAUGUCUCCUGGAAAACAUCUCUUUAUGAAGCCUGGAGAAACCCAAAGAACAUGCCUUGACAAUUUUGGGAGCAGCAUUAUGAGAGAGCCCUUUGUUCAAGAUGCACUAAAUGACUGUGUUCAGCAUCCUCAAGGCUACUCCAUGGUGGGCCUGCAUAACCUUGAAAGUAGGGUGGAAAGAAAUAUCUCUUUCCAUAGCUUGGCUUUUGUGGAUGAGAUGAGUGGACAGGAGGACAGAGCUAUACUUGCUAACAAGGAAAAGUGCACUUUGGCACAAAGGGCCUUCUGCCACAAAUCAUUCUCCUUCACUGACAGAAGCACUAUGUCUACCAUGGACUCCACUGGAAAUCCAUCCUUUCAGGUAAGGGAAGGAGCCACACUUCCCUUGGACAGCAGUGGCAAUUUCUGCUCUCCAGGCUUUGAAAGUGAAAGUGGGGAGUACUGUUCAAUCAUGGACUAUUGCAGAAAGAGUCCUGUCCCACAAGAUACUUCAUGUCCAGAGGAUAAGGGUGUAUGGCAUAAAAGUGAAAAUCCAGCUACAGGGUUCUGGGGAAAACGGGACCCAGCAGAGAAUCCAAGGGAAAAGACAAGAUCAGUAAAGUUUAAUGAAGAUGAAUGCAGAGUUUUGAAUUUACCUUCAUAUUUGCAAAGGGAGCACCAUUUACAUGACCCUCUACAAUAUCAUAUGUGUUCAGAAAGAAAAAAGUCAGCAUUCAAAUCUGAGGCUGCUGUCGUAUCAAACAACAUACUGAGCAGCAGCAGCAGCAAUCCUCUUGCUUUAUCCCAGGAAAAUGAAUGCUAUCCCCUCAUUAGAGAAUCGGAUAUUAACAAAGGAAACCACUUGGAAAAUUCAGGCAGUCCCCAGAAUGCUCAACUAGAGCCCCAGCAUACCCAUCUUGCAGAACCUGCCCACAGUGAACCCAUUUAUGCUGAAAGUACCAAGAGGAAAAAGGUGCAGUUAAAUAAUUCUGACGCACAUACAAAGACAGACAGGCUUCCAUACAGCCCCAUCAAAGAGCAGGCUGAUGGCCCCUGGAGAGAUGGCAUGCAUCGUUUGAGCAAUGAAACAGAGGAUUCCACCACGCAAAUAGCAGCAAAGAUCACAAUUAUGGCAGCGCAUGCGGAGAAUGACAAGAAGACAAUAUUUCUUAGCAGCCCAGACUCAGCUGUUGGGGUCCAGUGGCCAUGCAUUAGUGCCUCCUUUCAUCCUGAUUUUGCAACACCAUUGCCAACCUUUGGGUAUGGAGAAGGCCACCAAGCAAGUAUUGGGAUGGGUCUGGGUGAAGACAGCCAUAGAUUUCAUCAACAAACAGACAGCAAGUACUUAGUUAAUGAGAGCCCUUCUGUUCCUCCCAAAAUGUCCAGAAACAUCCAGACUAGCAGUGAGGAGAUGCACAUGCCUGCAAUCAGCUCUCCUGUGGCUGGACUGCAUGACAGUGAUGAUCAUGAUGGUCCCAGCACCCAACUCUCUUCAAGGAACGGUACAGAUACUAGCGUUUUUGAGGCUUUGCCCUCUUUCUGCUCUUAUAUCAAUGGAAUGUCAGCAGAGGAACUCAGCAGGGGUCUGCCAGUCUCCUCCUAUGAGAGAAGGCAUAAAAACACUGUUGCAGCAUGGAGUAGGCAAUGCCGAAUAGAGGAGGAAGAGGAGGAAGAGCAGGAGCUCUUAAACUACCCACAGGCAAGGGACACGGAUAAUGGACCAGCUAGUGCUCCCAGCAGUGUCACUGCCCAUCAAAUGGAAGACUGCAGUCUUCAGGAAAACAACCCUGGGAUGUGCAAAUCAGCAUCUUUUGCUUUUGAUUUCCCUUCAGACAAGAAGGAAAUUGAGGAAUUUGUACCUCCUCCUCCACCUCCAAAGAAACAAUCCAGGCACGCUAUGAAAAUGAACAAGAGUAACCCUGAGUUGGAGACGGUCAGCAAUGGGUCUGCAGAGAGCCUUGGCCCAUCUUUUAGAGGAAUCCAAGUCAACUUCACAGCUGGCUCCUCAGACAGCCUCAACUCUGACACAAGAUCUGCCAGCGAUGGAGGACAAUCGUGUGAACAAAGUCAGUCGCCAACUCUCUCUGGGAACCAAGGGUUUUCUUCUGCUCCUUUUCCUGAGCAUAACAGUGAGGGUGGAUCCCAUUGUGCACUGACUGAGCCACCUCCUUUGCCACAGAAGAAGACAGUAAGCAGAGCAGUUUCAUCACCUGAUGGCUUUUUCUGGGGCCAGGCCACUUCAGGUAGAAGAACAGCAAAACCUGCAAGCCCCAGAUUAAACGUCAGUCACUCUGAAAGCAACAUGUGUGUCCGAGAAGAAUCUCCAUUUUGCUAUCCAUCUCAUCUAGGAAGCAACCACAACACAUUCUCCUCCGCUGAGUCUCUGGAAAGAGUCUGCAAAGGAAAUGGCCAUUGGGGACCAACUUCAAAUAAGAGCAGCAGUGCCUGCUUCCCAAACAGAAACGUGCAGCUGUUCUCUUCCUCUCAGCUCAGUGUGUCCAGCCAGGUUUCCUCAGGCUCCAGCCUUCAGCUCCACAGUCUGCUCAGCAACAUUGACAGCAAGGAGGGGGUGUAUGCCAAACUAGGAGCACUCUAUGCCGAAUCUUUGCGCCGCCUUGUCACAAAAUGUGAAGACUGUUUCAUGCGUGAUCAGAAAAAUGAGCUACGUUUCAGUGAAAACAACUGGUCACUCUUUAAGCUGACAUGCAACAAGCCCUGCUGUAUUUCUGGGGAUGCCAUCUAUUACUGUGCAACCUGCUCCAAAGACCCUUCCACUACCUAUGCAGUGAAGAUAUGUAAGACUCAAGAAUCAAAAGCAGCUGCUUCAUACUGCAGCCCCUCUGUACCAGUGCACUUCAACAUCCAGCAGGAUUGUGGGCAUUUUGUAGCCUCUGUACCCUCCAGCAUGUUGCUGUCUCCUGAAGUAGUAAAAGGCACUUCUCCAGAUGGUCCCCGCCCAUGCCAUUCUGCCAGCGAACAUGACUGUGUGGUAGUCAUCACUCGCGAGGUGCCACACCAGACGGCAGCCAGUUUGGUGAGGGAUUCUACAGCUUAUCAUAAAGCUAAGCCAGAGCUGUAUGAGCGGCGUAUAUGCUUCCUGCUCCUCCAGCUCUGCAAUGGCCUGGAGCAUCUCAAAGACCAUGGCAUCAUCCACAGAGAUCUUUGCCUGGAAAACUUGCUUCUCGUUCACUGCAAAUCUCCAACUAGCUGCAAUAAAACCAAAGAUGAAAAGCACUUGCCCAGACUCAUAAUCAGCAACUUUUUGAAAGCCAAGCAAAAGCCAGGACAAGUGGACUCCAAAAUUAAAAAGAACCAGGCUCGGCUGGCUCCAGAAAUUGUGUCUGCCUCUCAGUACAAGAAGUUUGAUGAAUUUCAGACUGGCAUUCUCAUCUAUGAGCUCCUCCACCAGCCUAACCCAUUUGAGGUGAGGGCUUGCCUCCGGGAGCAGGAGUACAGCCAAGAUGACCUUCCUCUGCUCCCCAACAUUUCCAUUUACUCCAGGGGGCUCCAACAGCUCGCCCAUUUGUUACUGGAAGCUGAUCCAAUCAAACGCAUCCGUAUCACAGAAGCAAAACGGAUGCUGCAGUGUCUUCUGUGGGGCCCCAGGAAAGAUUUAAUAGACCAGCCUCUCAACCAUGAAGAAGCCCUCCAUAGUGCUCUCCAGAACUGGAUUGACAUGAAGCGGGCACUGCUGAUGAUGAAGUUUGCAGAGAGGGCUGUAGACACCGAACGAAGCAUAGAACUAGAGGAUUGGCUCUGCUGUCAGUAUUUAGCUUCCGCAGAGCCAGUGGCUCUCUUCAAUACACUGAAACUCCUUCAGCUUCUCUGACCUUAAGAGCAUUUCAAAUGCAGAAAUAGCAGGGAGGAAUUAUGAAAGAUCUUUCUAGGGUUCAAGUCUGUUCAUGGGUAAUGGUACAUGUUCUUUCACAUUCUUGUUUAUAACCUACUAAAAACUGAGGAUGAAGUCUUUUUCUCAACACAUAAACACAAAUUGAUCCUUUUAAAUAACAAGUUAACAACAUAAUUUUGAGUUCUGCACAUUGCAGACGGAAAAGACAGCUACCUGCCAGGUUUGUGGUUUUGGUAUGAUUACUGCACAGAAAAUAAAACCUAUGUAUAUAUGUGCAUGUUUCCUAAUGAACAGGAUGUGUUUGGGUUGAUUUUAAUGACAGAUACAUAUUCACGUUGGAACAAAACUUUAUUCCUCAUAAAAUAGGGAAGUUUGAGCCAUAAUCUAAGCUGCCAUACUUAAAAUGGUUUCCAGAUUUGUAGCCCAGUUACUUGCAGCAAAAAUUAUAGAAGCAUGGGACAGAAUGGCAGAUAAAGAGAGCUAGUCACUGCUUGAGUUCUCAGACCUUGCACAGUGCUAUCCAGAUCACACACACUCAGCAUGACAUCCCCAGCAGGGAUUAUGACUGUAAAGAACCUACCCGUCUUUAAAAGGUCACUUCAUGGAAUGCAGGUGUCAGUGCCAAGAUUCCUGUACUUUUUAAGAGCAGUUAUUUUUGGCAGCCUUUUAAAUCCCUCCUUUCUAUAACCAGAAUUAGCAGUUAUUACACAUUUUUCCUAGAUAGGCUAAAUGUUGUCACCAAGAUCUUUUCUGGACAAAAUUUUCCCAGUGUUAUUCCAUUAGUUUAUCUUCGCUGCAGGUAGGAACAACUGGAGCAUUAGUGCAAGCAAAGCACUGUGGCAUCAGGCUACUUGAAGAGUCCAACACAGUCCCCCUUGUUGGAAGCUGAGUAUGUGUUCUGAAAUGUUAUCAAAAUCACUUCAACAUGGCUUUAUCUGGCAGUGUAACUGAUCCAAGGCAGCAACCAGGCCUAGAGGCAUAAAAAGCAGGGUUUGCACCCUGAGCAAGCUCUGCAGGAGAGCAAAGCAGGGAGGUUCUGCAAAGUGCUGGAGAGGCAGGGGUUCUGAGGUCAGGUUGGGCAGUAGACUUACUUAUACCAGGGAUUCAAAAACAGUUCACAGCUGCAGCAUGAUAUUCCUGCCCUGGCUGUUGUUCCUACUGCAGAAGCUUGGUGUUUGUGCAGCCAGCUGCUGCUGCAAGAGCAAUGCCAUGGUGCUAUUGCCAUAGUAUGGACUGCACAGGGAGGGGGAUGCAGUUCUGGCACUCCUACUAAGUUGGUGUCCAGGAUUGGCUCCCUGCUCACUCGCCCCAAAUUAUGCUACUGACCAGGCCUUUUAGGCCUCUCUUUUAGGUGAACAUCUAGUGAUGGGCCACUUGAAUGGAGUUUGCUACAGCUGGUCUCCCAAGUGGUGCAUUGACUCCCUUUAAAGUUACUGAGAAGGGAAAACCUCAGUUUCAGCUCCCAUGGCCUGGGCAGGCAGGUCAUGACCAAAUUAGUUUUCUUCUGGCAUUGUUUUCUGUGGCCUUAGUUCUAAAAUGGUGUGUGAAUAAACCCAAGUGUGUCUGUGUUUGUGCAUUGCUAAUCAUGCAUGGAUGCCUUGUCUCUCCAGUCUGGUCCCUCCAGCUCCUCCAUUUUGUGUUGAUUCAGCUGUCACAUUUUCUUGGAUCUUAGAGGGGUGUCUGGGGCACUGGGUAUCUCUGUGUGUUUUUUAUUUGUUCAGUGCCUGGCACAGCACAAAUCAGAGUGGUUAGGGGCAACUGAAAUAUUCAUAUCCAUUGAAAAUACCUGUGCAAGCAAAAAAAGUGCAUGAAUCAGAAAGCUAACUGCACCUUGUCAUGCAUCCACAGAUGCAUCACAAGCAGGUGCAAGGAGGUGAUCCUCCCCCUCUAUGUGACACUGGUAAGGCCACAGUUGGAGUACUGCAUCCAGUUCUGGGCGCCGCACUUCAGGAGGGAUGUGGACAAUAUGGAGAGGGUCCAGAGGGGGACCACUCACGUGAUCAGGGGGCAGCAAGGCAGGCCCUAUGUGGAGAGGCUAAGGGACCUGAACCUGUUUAGCCUCCACAAGAGAAGGCUGAGAGGGGAUCUGGUGGCCAUCUAUAAACUUGCCAAGGGGGACCAGCAGGCAAUGGGAGAGUCCCUGUUCCCCCAAGCACUACCAGAAGUAACAAGGAAUAAUGGCCGUAGAUAUCAGGAGGCGCUACUUCACAGUUAGGGCGGCUAUGAGCUGGAACCAACUUCCAAGAGAGGCAGUGCUCGCUUCUACUCUGGGGGUCUUCAAAAGGAGGCUAGAUAUUCACCUUGCCAGGGUCAUUUGACCCCAGCAUUCUUUCCUGCCCAUGGCAGGGGGUCAGACUUGAUCUGCUCAGGUCCCUUCCGACCCUACCAGCUAUGAAACUAUGGUCCUAAUAGGCCAUAACUAGAACACAUCUGGAGUAGUCACAGGUGCUCUGACUGAGACUCAAGGCCUGGCCUCUGCACCCACCUGCACUGCCACAUCUCAGCCCCAUUUGUGCAGUGGGAUGGUGUUGCUUUCUACUGGGCACUCUAAAAAGUAUAAAUUAAAUGUGUUGUAUGAUGUUUAACUAUUUAUUCUUGUAUCGUGGGUUGGAGUAGCACUUGAACCCCCAUCAGGGCCUGUCAUUGGACUAGAUGCACACGUGAAACCUCUAUCAUAGAUUACUUAAAGAAAACCAGGAACAAUCAAAAUAUCCUACAAAGUGAGGAAUCAGCAGAUUUCCUGUAAGGCUCUUUCAAAGCUGCUCAUCUGUAUAGGAUCUGAUUCAAGAAAAAACUUAUCUUGUUUAUUAGCUAUUAUUACACAUUUCCAUGUUAUUGGCUCAACAUUAGAUUUGUUUCCUCCUGCCCUCCCUGUAAAUCAGUAGCUCUAUGCACUAAGGUGGCUGACUAGUUUUCAUUAAAAAAAUCGGCACUGUUCCACCCUCAUUGCCAUCCUGGCAAAUCUGCGUUGACAUAAGAGUUGUGUGGCACCCCUUGAGUUAUUCUUCCAGGGCCAGAUCCUGCUAUCUGAUUGGGGAUAGCAUUGUAGUUCAUUAGCAGGCUUACAGAUUUUAGGGAAACAAGCUACAGCACAAGAAAGGGUAGUAGUGUCUACCCCAUGAACAUGCUGCAGUCCUCUGUUACCCUUUUCUUUGGAGAGAGAGCACCAUAUAGAAAUAUGGAGAAUUCAGUGACUAAAUCAAGUCAGUGAGAAUGAUGUUAAGAACAUUCAUGUGUACUUUCUUCCUGCCUUUGUUUAUACCCAAUUCCAUAAGUUUCUGUUUAUGACUUUUAAAUUAUUAGGAUUAGUGUACUGAUGUUUGACUUUUUGAAUCUGAAUACCAUCUUUUUGCGUGCUCUGUAUUAAAUGUUAUCAUUCAAACAAAAUGGAGGGGUUGCACCUACUUACCCCCAUGUUCCUGGGCAAUGUUUACUUCCUCCUGGAAACAGGUGUUAUGCACUUCUGUUGGAUAAAAGAAUAAUGCAAUAUU